UUGAACGGCUGGUUGACAAGAGUGUUUCGUAGUCAGCUAAAAAUUGAUUACACCGUUCAAACGCCACAUAGAAGACCGGUUAUUUCAGUUAUCCGAGGGUUGGAAAAACCACAGUAAGGACGCGGCGGCACAGUUUGGCUAAAUGAGAUGGCUAGCUGAACAGUCAGCCAAUGCUAGUUAAGCCCUCCUGGUGUAUGGUUUUCCAGAGAACAUUGGCAGAUUACAUCUAUGCUAAGACCUAAUUUGCUAAAGGAAUCUCGUUGUCUUAAAAGUGAACAGAGGAAUUUGUUUCUUGGCACUUGAUGUCCAAGAAACAAUAUUGCUGAAGAACCUGCUGAGACAGAAGAUUUGGACACUUAACAUUUAGAUUAUUAUUAAAGACUCAAGAGGGAAGGACAAUCUUGAGUGGUCCCAGCAGAGUGGACUCACUUCAUCCAGAGACUGUUAAGAGUUUCAUUGCUUUUGGAACAGACAAGUUAAGCUAAGUAAACAUGAGUACCGCCAGGACAGAGAACCCAGUGAUUUUGGGCUUGUCUAAUCAGAACGGACAGCUCAGAGGCUCAGUGAAGCCUGCUGGAGCACCAGGUGGAGGUGGAGGAGGCCCUCAGCAACAGCAACUUAACCAGAUGAAAGGCACAAUUAACAAUGGUAAUUCCCAGCCAGCCCCUACAACCAAUGCUGUCAUCAAGCCUGGAGAUGACUGGAAGAAAAAUUUGAAAUUGCCCCCCAAGGACAUGAGGAUGAAAACUUCGGAUGUGACUGCAACAAAAGGCAACGAGUUUGAAGAUUAUUGCCUAAAGAGGGAGCUGCUCAUGGGAAUCUUUGAGAUGGGCUGGGAAAAGCCAUCUCCAAUCCAGGAGGAAAGCAUUCCCAUUGCACUGUCAGGAAGGGAUAUUUUGGCCAGAGCCAAGAAUGGCACGGGAAAGAGUGGAGCCUACCUCAUUCCCUUACUUGAACGCAUUGACCUGAAGAAGGACUGCAUACAAGCUUUGGUCAUAGUGCCCACCAGAGAACUGGCUCUGCAAGUAAGCCAAAUAUGUAUCCAGGUCAGCAAACACAUGGGUGGAGUGAAGGUAAUGGCAACCACAGGUGGCACCAACCUACGUGAUGACAUCAUGAGACUCGAUGAAACAGUACAUGUGGUGAUUGCCACUCCUGGGAGGAUUUUAGACCUCAUCAAGAAAGGAGUGGCCAAAGUCAAUCAAGUGCAGAUGAUUGUUCUGGAUGAAGCUGACAAACUUCUGUCCCAGGACUUCGUGGUCAUGAUGGAGGAGAUACUGGGCUUUCUGCCCAAACAGAGGCAGAUUCUGCUUUAUUCUGCAACCUUCCCUCUCAGUGUGCAGAAGUUUAUGAAUUCCCACUUGCAGAAACCCUAUGAGAUCAACCUAAUGGAGGAGCUUACACUGAAGGGUGUGACUCAGUAUUAUGCUUACGUAACUGAAAGGCAAAAGGUCCAUUGCCUUAACACCUUGUUCUCCAGGCUCCAGAUCAACCAGUCUAUAAUCUUCUGCAACUCCUCUCAGAGAGUGGAGCUCCUUGCCAAGAAGAUCUCCCAGCUUGGUUAUUCAUGUUUCUACAUUCAUGCCAAGAUGAGACAGGAGCAUCGCAACCGUGUGUUCCACGACUUCAGAAAUGGCCUGUGUCGGAAUCUUGUCUGCACUGACCUCUUCACAAGAGGAAUUGACAUUCAAGCUGUGAAUGUUGUGAUCAAUUUUGACUUUCCCAAGCUGGGAGAAACAUACCUUCAUCGCAUUGGUAGAUCUGGCCGCUUCGGACAUCUGGGUCUUGCCAUCAACCUCAUCACUUACGAUGAUCGCUUCAACCUGAAAGGGAUUGAGGAGCAGCUUGGAACAGAGAUCAAGCCCAUCCCUGGCAUCAUUGACAAGAGCUUAUAUGUGGCAGAGUACCACAGUGAGAGUGGCGAAGAAGUCAAGCCAUGAGCCAAUCAGUCCAUCCUCCAUUCCCCUUUGUACCUUUUUUCAUCCCCCACCCGCCCCCCUGUCUUGGAAUUUUUUUUUCUUUUUUCUUUUUUUUUAAAUGUACAGUUUCUGUCUGUCUUCCUUUUUUGGAUGCCACCAUAAGGAAUGUGUAUUUUGAUGGACGCUUUUCGGAAGAACUCAUUUGCCUUUUUAUAGGGCUCUGCUGCACCACCACAUCUGAAGACAUAAGCACCGGGAGGAAAGCAUGGGACCAAGUUGAAAAUAUCAAUGCACAUCGUGACGAUUCAUAUCCACCAAUGACACAAAGCCAGCACCAACAGACCCCUAUAUGACACCCUCCAUUCUCCACUUUUAGUUUGGAAGUUUUAACCAAUUUGUAUCAAGUGCCUUAACAAGCAGUUCAACUCGUUCUAAAGUAAUAACUCUGCAUUAUCCACCAUCUUGCUCACUUCAUACCACACACACGUUCACCUAAUUGAAAAGUCUUUACACUAAUUUAAUGUCUGACCACACAGGUGAAUGCAUAACUGUUUUUGGUUGUCAUCCGUUUGCAAAGGAAUGGAGAUAAUUAGGAGGGAGGCUGGUCCGAAUUAUCCUUUUGCUGGCUUAGAUGCACUUGAGUCUGGCUGAUAAAUGAGGACACACUUGGAUUUUCCAUGGACAGAGAUGCUGGAUUUUUUCCAAGAGACAGCCAGACUGUCCAGUUGCUUGUGAAGAAGCUUGUGCUUCUAAAAGACCCAGACCCUUUCCUCUCUCUUCAGCAUCAGAACACUAAAAAUGAAUAAGCAGCCUCUCAACACCAUGAGUCAUGAGGAUUCCUGUUUUGGUGGAGUAUAAUUGGAGGGAACGCUUCUUUUCUUUUUUGCCCUGUGUUUCACCUUCCUAUGGAUGGCCAUACUUAAUCCUGCGAGACGUGCAGCAGACGUGGGGUGCACCAUACACCUUGUGUAUAUACCUUCAUUUUAAGAUUGUUUUAAACAAGUUCAAAAGGCUGGCUGACAAACUGCAAAGCUCCCCCCCCCCCGCCCCCCCC